CUCUCUCUCUCUCUCUCUCUCUCUCAUUCAAAUGGCUUCUUCCUCUCUGUUUCAUUCUUCGCCUUUCUCCCUCAAAACCAAAACCUGUGUUCCAAACCAACAUCUUAAACCCACCCACUUCACCAUUAAAGCUCAAUCGGAACCCAUCUCCUCCCUCACCCAAAACAACUCCCCCUCAUCCGCUUCCCCCCCGGAGGCUUCUAAGCUCCGCCGCGCCGCCGACGAGAACAUCAGGGACGAGGCUCGCCGCAAGAAUGUGUCACAGCCCCACCUCUUCUCCGCCAAGUACGUUCCUUUCAACGCCGACCCGUCCUCCACGGAGUCCUACUCCCUCGACGAGAUCGUUUACAGAUCCCAAUCCGGUGGCCUCCUCGACGUUCAGCACGACAUGGAAGCCCUCAAGAGAUUCGACGGCGAUUACUGGCGAACCCUCUUCGACUCUCGCGUCGGCAAGACCACCUGGCCUUACGGGUCAGGGGUUUGGAGCAAGAAGGAAUGGGUGCUGCCGGAGAUCGACAGCGACGACAUCGUGAGUGCCUUCGAAGGAAACUCGAACCUUUUCUGGGCUGAGCGUUUCGGCAAACAGUUUCUGGGCAUGAGUGAUUUGUGGGUGAAGCACUGUGGGAUUAGUCACACGGGGAGUUUUAAGGAUCUAGGUAUGACUGUUUUGGUUAGCCAAGUGAAUCGCUUGAGAAAAAUGAAUAGGCCUGUUGUUGGUGUUGGUUGUGCUUCAACUGGUGAUACUUCUGCUGCUUUAUCAGCAUAUUGUGCUUCUGCGGGGAUCCCUUCCAUUGUUUUCUUGCCUGCUAAUAGAAUUUCCCUUGCCCAAUUGGUGCAGCCAAUUGCCAAUGGUGCUUUUGUGUUGAGUAUUGAUACUGAUUUUGAUGGGUGUAUGCAGUUGAUUCGAGAAGUCACUGCUGAAUUGCCUAUCUAUUUGGCUAAUUCUUUGAAUAGUUUGAGGCUGGAGGGGCAGAAGACUGCAGCUAUUGAGAUUUUGCAGCAGUUUGAUUGGCAAGUCCCUGAUUGGGUCAUUGUUCCAGGUGGAAACCUUGGGAAUAUAUAUGCAUUUUACAAAGGGUUUCAAAUGUGUAAAGAGUUAGGACUUGUGGAUAGGAUUCCCAGGCUUGUUUGUGCUCAAGCUGCUAAUGCUGAUCCACUCUAUUUAUACUUCAAGUCAGGGUGGAAAGAGUUUAAGUCAGUUAAGGCCAACCCCACCUUUGCAUCUGCCAUACAAAUUGGUGAUCCUGUUUCAAUAGACAGGGCUGUUUUUGCCUUAAAGAACUCACUUGGGAUUGUUGAGGAAGCAACCGAGGAGGAAUUGAUGGAUGCUAUGGCUCAAGCAGACUCCACUGGCAUGUUUAUAUGCCCCCACACUGGGGUUGCUUUGACUGCAUUGUUUAAACUGAGGAAUAGUGGGGUUAUAAAGCCUACUGAUAGGACUGUGGUGGUGAGUACCGCUCAUGGGUUGAAGUUUACUCAGUCCAAAAUUGAUUACCAUUCCAAGGAGAUCAAGGACAUGGCUUGCCGGUUUGCUAACCCACCAAUGCAAGUGAAGGCAGACUUUGGAUCGGUUAUGGAUGUUUUGAAGAAGUAUUUGCAGAGUAAGGCUCCAAAGCACUAGGUUCUAGCAGACAGUAAGAUGAUGCGGUCAUGGCCAUGCUUUCCGCGUGAGACAAUCACAGAUUACUCAACUUCAAAAUUUGGGUGACGUAAUUGCAUAAACUUGGAAAGACAAUGACAAGUAAUGAAAAUUGUGAAUAGAGCUCAUAGAUGUUGAGGGAAAACGCGUUAUGCAAAGUUUGUUUCA